AUGGAAACGUUUAUUAGGCCCUGCAUUUGGUUAGGGGAAGGAAGCGACCGCGCUUCCCAGUUCAUAAAGAUACACCAACGGCUUGGACCGGGGGCCCGAGACUCGAGGGCAGCGGCGUUUCCCCCCGGGGACGCGCCCACGAGCGGCGCGCGGAGCCCCUGCGUCACAGCGCCCGCGCUCCGCACUCCCCGAGCCCGGCUGGAUCUCAACGACCUGCUCUCUGACGGCAGCGGCUGCUCCAGCCUCCCGAGCCAGCCGUGCAACGAUGUCACCCCGCGGAUCUACCUGGGCAACGCGUCUGUGGCGCAGGAUAUCCCUAGGCUGCAGAAACUGGGCCUCACCCACGUCCUAAACGUGGCAGACGGCAGGUCCUUCAUGCACGUCAACACCAAUGCCAACUUCUACAAGGACUCCAGCAUCACCUACCUGGGUAUUAAGGCCAAUGACACACAGGAGUUCAACCUCAGCACUUACUUUGAAAGGGCUGCUGACUUCAUUGACCAGGCUUUGGUGCAAAAGAAUGAACUGAUGUCAAGAAUCACUGAAGAGCCAACAGAGAUGGUCCUUCCAAGUCAAGGUUUCAUCCUGAUUGGAAAUGGAGGACAUUUCAGGUUGAGAGAAUAGAUUGGUUGGAAACUUAACUCUGGUUGCCUCUUAACUCUGCGAAAUUUUGGGGUAGUUUGUGAAAGAAUGAAUUUUCUAGACAGAAAAGGGAGAGCUACCAAAUUGUUUUUUUAAAGGAAGUUUAAUGUCCAUUGUAUCACAAAUCAGUGUUAAAACACAAAAACUGUAGCCAAAAUAAAUGUAUUACAUUACAAA